UACCAUGUUGCUCACUGCCUCCCCGCUGUGUACGAAGUAAAGUGCAGUAAACCCUGCCGUACGGAACGUGUCGAUCCCUAGGCUUAGCCCUACGACGCUGAAACAAGGUGGCGCCCGCGCAUCCUCGUCGAUGCGGAAACAGAUCUGCCUGCCUGCCGUGCUGAUGUCAGUCGCUCCACUUCCACGAGACGCUGUGCCGCACACGAUCGAUUUCGAUCAGGAAAAUACACGACGGCGACGCAGUGGCGUGAGGCGGUUGGUGGGUGUGGGGCGGUAUGUUUGCUUGCCGGGUCGCCAAGGAAGCAGGCUUGCAGGAAAGCAGACUUGCCAGAAAGGAAGCAAGACCUGGUCAGAGAACAGAUGGACGAAGCGACGAAGACAGUCGAUAGAGUUUGGAGAAAGCAAACAGUUCCAACAUCACAUUUACGAUUGCAAUUGGACAACUAUGUUGCAUCAAUUUCGUCUGCCGUUCCACCGAACAGCAAUAUUGUUAACAUUUCCAUAUCGGGGUAUUAAGUAAUGUAUAUAGGUGCACAUUUGUGUGCAGUUCGCUCGCUCACUCAAUAGGAGAGCAUCCG